AUGGAGGAGGAUCCAAGCAGUGGCGCGUCCGCUGGGCCGCCAUCCGCUUCGAGUACGAGUAAGAGUACCCCGAAACACGCCAGCGCAUCUGGCUCCGCGAAUACAACAUCUGCCAAGCGCAGGAGAGGUCUGGGAGUCGUCACACCCAAUGCGUGCACCGAGUGUAGGAAGAAGCGUGCAAAAUGCGAUGGCCACAACCCCUGCGGGAGAUGCAAGGCCCAAAAAGACAUCGAGUGCGUCUAUGAAAUCCCCGUGCGUCAGUCCAAGGAAAAUCUUCGACACGAGAUAGACGCCCUACGCAAACAGCAGCAGCAGACCGACUCCGUCUUCUCUGCCCUUGUCCGGCCCGAAUCGUCGGAAGAAGUCUUGCAGCGCUUACGGAGCGGUCACUCCGUCGAGGGUAUCUCGGAAUGGCUUGGCACCACUCUGCCAUCUGGGGGUACCACCGGCGAGUCAAGCUACGCCCAGCCGAGUGAACCCAGGAGUGGUAUUACGCUGCCCCCUCUCAACACUUAUGAUGGGACUCUUGCUGGCGCAGGGGGCUAUGUGACCAUGGGAAUGAGUCCAGCGACGCGCCAGGGUCCCGGUAUGAAGCAAGAUUUUGACGCCAACAGCCCCUGGAAUGUUUCGGGCCACAGCCAGAGCCAGACCGUAUCUCAACGAAGUGACUCGCAUUCAGACAUGAUGCAGUGGACAAAUGAGGGUCCUCCGCGAUCCCGCGUGGGCACCUGGCUCCAAGAUCAAGACUCGACGGAAGGGGGACAGCAACGAGGGGUCAACCAGCUUCUGGCGCCACUGGAGAGCCCUGAUAUGCAGGUGGCGCCCGGUACGUGGACUAACGUGACGGGGGACUCGGGCUUAGUGCAGCAUCUUCUUGCCCUGUAUUUCUGCUGGGAAUACCCAACCUUCGCGUCACUGAGCAAGGAGCACUUCUUGAAGGACUAUCUCCAUGGUCGACAUCGGUAUUGCUCACCGAUCCUUGUCAACGCGUUACUCGCACUCGGAUGCCGGUUCUCACAGCAGCCAAACACCCGAGCGAAGCCAAACGACCCGCGUACAUCGGGCGACCAUUUCUUCAAGGAAACUCUGAGGCUGUUCUACAAGGAGCCAAACCACCACACGCUCACCACGAUUCAAGCCUUGGGGAUAAUGUCCAUCCGGGAGGCAAGCUGUGGCCGGGAUUCCGAGUCUUGGUACUAUUCCGGCCAAAGUAUACGACUAGCCGUUGAGAUGGGUCUGCAUCGGCUUGGUGACGACGUAGAUGAGGACGAGCUUGCUGUGCAGUCUGCGACGUUCUGGGGCGCCUUUGGUCUGGACCACGCUUGGUCUUUAGCAACUGGCUCUUUGCCACAAUCUUCAUGCUUCCCCCAUUUACCUCCCAAACCAGCCAUCAUCGACGACAUUGAAUCUUCUCUGUGGAUUCCGUAUACAGAUGAUGGUGCGCCCUUGCAACGCUCAUGCCAGCAGCCGUCCAAUGUGCGGUCGGUCUACAAGUGCUUCUGCGAGCUCAGUGAACUCGUCCACCAAUCCCUCUACAUUCUCCACUCGCCAACCAAGCCGGUAUCGAGCCGCGAUCUGUUGAACUUAUACACGCAGUACCUCAACUGGUAUGACAGGAUACCCGAAGUAUUACGCUUAGGGCACAACUUUACACCUGCCGUUCUGUUCGCCCACAUGUACUACCAUUUCGCAAUCCUACUCCUGUUUCGACCCCUUAUCAAGCUCCGGAUUAUAGGGUCUGGGAUACUUCCUCGAGAUGUAUGUUCCCAGGCGGCAGAUGCCAUUCAGGGUUUAUUGCGUUCAUAUUCCUCCCUCUAUACGCUUCGUCGUACGCCAUCUUUUGUGCCUUACUUCGUCCUUACGUCGGCCAUCAUGCAUCUCGCCAUAGCAGCGUGCGAUCCUCAGGAAGGGGCAGACUCCCCUGCCGCCACGUCAAACCAGUCAACGACCAAGGCCGAAGACGCCGAGGCUGCACAAGGUCACCACGACUCCUCACCAAACCUCACGGGUGCGCCUGAUUUACCGUCUCCAUCGGAUACCGGCAGCGGAAAACACAGUCCCAAGGUAGCCCAAGCUCUGAAGCAGGGUAUCAGUGACCUGACGGAGAUGGCACCUUGUCACCACUUUGCAGACCAAGCGCUGAAUAUCAUGCGGUACCUUGCGAAGAAGUGGGAGAUUGAGGUCGACAUCCCUCAGGAUGAUGCGAACAUGCAGGGUGAAGCCGUAGACGACCAAGUCCGGCCGGCCACCAAUAGUCUUAACUUCUUCGCCCCUAAUGUGGGCGAACAAGAUUUCAGGUGUGGCUGGAGCACGAAACGUGCAGACGGACCUCACAAUCUGAAACAACAACUGGGGGACCGCGACAAUCCGCUUUUCUGGCCUUUUCCCAUGCAAGGCCGACCUAUGUUGCCGGAGGGCCAGGAUCUCGAAGAGGCCGGUUUCUCUCCACUAUAG